UCCUGUCAGCUACCCAGAGACAUUUACAAAAAAAUACCAAAAUAAAAACAAACGUGAAACAUUUAACUUACUAUUAAGAAAGAAAAACACCUGAACAUCCAAAUAGAGAGAAAAUAAGAAUGUAUGGUACAAUUAAAUAUAGUUUGCAAACAAAAAAGUAAGUAAAUCGGCAGGGUUGAAAUUUUUAUGACUCGUGCAUUUCCGUCCUUUUAAUAUUUCAAACGAAGUUGAUUGGUCAUUUUUCAGGAGGCCGAACAUUGCGGAGAAAUUGGAAAAAGGCAUUACACUACCAUUGGUGUAUUAUUACUUCCGUUUAUCCCUCGUCCAAUAGAAGUCAAGAACUCCAAGCACAGGCUAAACCCCAUUGGUCAGCUUUUCUUGUGAUCCCGCCUGCUCCUCGCCCUGGAAGAGUCUUAGCCGAAAGAAGCUAAUGCCUGUUUGGGCGGAUUUAUUUGGGUUAUAGUACAUUUUGAAUAACGGAGAGAAACAUACUUUAAAUACGAAGCGUUUUAUUUAGUUACAGAUGAAGUUUGUUCAGCUCGACUAAAUCCAGCCUGUCUGUGUCUCAGGGGAGAGUUUACUUGAUCUGAUCGACCGUAAUGUGGCUCUGCGGCUAAUCCUUGGACUUUCAAUACUAUUCACCUCAAAGCGCUUCGUUUGGGCGAGCGGAACCGAUUUAACGUCCACAUACGAGUCAGGAUGACGGAAUACAAGCUGGUUGUAGUUGGGGCUGGUGGCGUUGGGAAAAGUGCACUAACCAUUCAGCUCAUUCAAAACCACUUUGUAGACGAGUAUGACCCUACAAUUGAGGACUCAUACAGAAAGCAGGUUGUGAUUGACGGGGAGACAUGUUUGUUGGACAUUCUGGACACAGCAGGUCAGGAGGAGUAUAGUGCCAUGAGAGACCAGUAUAUGAGGACAGGAGAAGGUUUCCUGUGUGUAUUUGCAAUCAACAACAUCAAGUCCUUUAAGGACGUACAUCUCUACAGGGAGCAAAUAAACCGUGUCAAAGACAGUGACAACGUACCAAUGGUGCUGGUGGGGAAUAAAAGUGACUUGGCCUCUCGUACUGUAGAUAUGCGUCAAGCUCAGGAGCUCGCCAGAAGUUAUGGAGUCCCAUUUGUCGAAACAUCUGCUAAGACACGACAGGGGGUGGAGGAGGCGUUUUACUCUCUUGUACGGGAGAUCCGAAGAUACAAGGAGACAAACCGCAGCAAUAAGAAGAGCAAAAAGCACACGCAAAGACGCUGCACUCUUUUAUAGCAAUACACACAAACAGGCCCGCACUGCACCCCUGUGAUAGCAAUGCACUCAAUGUCACACACACAUACACUACUGUACUGUAGCAUCACACACACGUUUCCUUUUUUAUACUGUUCCCUCUCUUACACUGCCAGCCUUUGAGGAAUAGGAACCCAACUGGCUGUGUGUUUGUGAUAUUGCAGAGUAGCUGAUGUGUUGAUUCUAAACCUCAUUUAGAAUCAUGAUUGUAGAAUUGUCUGUAAUCUUAUUUUGCCACAGUGACAUCAUAUUAUCCAGGGCUUUGCCACAUUUAGCUUAAUAUUUGACUGGAUAAAUUAGUCUGGAUUGGUCUUGUCAAUUUUAAGCUACUGCUUUUGUUGUGUUAAAAGGACCUUAUUUUUGUGGUAGUGUAAUAGCCAUAUUUUAUAACCAGAGGAGCAAGCAAUAUUGACCUCGAGUUUGUAAUUUACGAUGAUGGUUAAGGGAUGUGCUUGUAAGAUGGUAAUGGUUUGCUGCUUUUAAGUAUGCAUCGUUAUGUCUCAUCUCCAAGUUUCAUUGUACAUUUUAAAAAUUCUUUGUUAAUUUGGAUUGUGGUGGAGCCAUAGCUCAUGCAAAUUAGCAAAAUGACCCGCUUGGAGAGUGACCACAUAGAUCAGUUAGAGUAGGUCAGGAAUUGAGGAAGCUAAAAAGUCCCCUAAAAUGUCUGAAACCUCCAGUGGCCUGUGGGAAAGCACAUCCGAGCAAGCAGUCACCACAUUCCAAACCACUAACAUAUUGUGUUUUGUAGACUUUACGAAGUGUAACUUGCCUCAUGCAAUGUGGGAUUUAUCCAGUGAAUGCUCCCUAAGAUUUUCAAUAAUCGCUAAAUAGACACGUUUGUGUUGUUUUCACCUUCUGUAUUUUGGGGAAGGCUUUCAAAAUUCACACUGAAUGUACAUUUCACAGACUUGCCCCCUUUCCCCAUGUUUCUAUUGUCAUUACUUGUGUUCUAGGCCAAAAGUGUCCUUCAUUGUCCAGCCCUUAACAAAAUAAGAAACAAAAUAUAGCCUAACUUCAAAAUUUUGAUCAGCAGUAUUUCAUGAUAAAGUCCUGUAUUUUUUGAGUUUAUACUGAAGCAUUUUAGUUACACAUACAAGCAUUAUUAGUCAAUGUAUUAUGUAAAAGGCCAGCUGUUUCCACCUGCCACAAGACAUUCUUGACUUUAAGGGAAAGAGACCUUUUUCUUCCUGAUUUUUGGAAUGUUUGGAUUUACAGAUGAGACGGUAGUUGUAUGGGUCAGGCUAAACAUGUGACCUAAACUCCUCAUUUAUGCAUUCCUUUUGCCACAGUGAUGAUACAAUUGUAGUUCUAUGUUUUGUGAAUAAAGAGACUUUUGGCUAAAGAG